UGUAAUCUGGUAUUUCUGACUUCCCAGUGACAUGUGGGCAGUUGGUGGACAUUUUGCACUGAACAGAAACUCAUGAAAUGUCAUAAAAAAUAAAAAACAUGUCUUUCAAGCAUACAGUACACACUGUACAUAGUGUUUCAUGGAGACAUAAAGCUGAUUCUACCUGCGGAAUGUUAGAACGUGUGACUGUCAAAGACUUUAGAACUCUGUGAUGUCACAAAGGCCUGCAGGGUUCAGAUCAGUCCGUUCUGCGGUUCUGCUCUCACUUUGUUCGAGUGAGUUUCAGCACGAGGACAAACCUUUCAGACAUUUCAGUUUCGACACGGUGAACGAGACACGGAGAAACACCAAGCAACAAGAUGUCUAUGAAUUACAGGGAGAAAGUUCAAUCUUUGACAUCCUCCUCAGAUGACGACUCUCUCGUUAUUUUGGACACCCUGGCCUCCCCCUCCUCCAAAUACUUUGUGAAGUCUAUUUUGGGGGAGGGCAGCUUUGGAACCGUCACCAAGUGCAUAAAGGCAGCCACAAAAGGAACGGUGGCUGUGAAGAUAAUGAAGAAAAAAAGUUUAACGUCCGAGGCGCAGAAUGAGAUGGCCAUCCUUGAAUACCUGAGAGCUUUCGACUCAGACAGAUUCAACUUUGUCAAGUGGACUGAUAGCUUCAUUGACCGAGAGCACGUUUGCAUAGAGUUUGAACUGCUCGACAUAAGUCUGUUCGAUUUCAUGCGGAAGAAACAUACCUGCUGUCUCUCUGUGAACGAAAUACGUCCUAUCUUAUACCAGGUGGCUACAACUCUAGAAUUCCUGAGGAACCUCGGACUUGUUCACGCCGACCUCAAACCAAACAACAUCAUGAUGGUGGACCAUGUAAACCAGCCGCUGAAGGUUAAAAUGAUCGACUUUGGCUUAGCUCGUCACGCCUCACAGUCACAGAGGGGCUCGUAUCUCCAGCCACGCUAUUACAGGUCUCCAGAGGUCAUCCUUGGACUUCCCUACACAACAGCCAUUGACAUCUGGUCUUUGGGCUGCAUCGCUGCAGAGCUUUUCUUGGGCAAUGUCUUGUACCCCGGGGACAGUGAAUAUGACAUGUUACGACAUAUUACGCAGACUCAGGGUCAGCUGCCACAGGAACUUCUCAACAAUGGACUAAAAACCGAGUGGUUUUUUCGGAGGAAGAUGUAUCGUCAACGUCAGUGGACAUUAAAGACACCAUUCGAGUAUGGACGCGCAGUUUUUACUGAGACUCAUUUCAACUCCCUGGAUGAUCUAAAUAAGGUAAAGCCAGUCUGCCAUCUGUCAGAUGAGGACAACAGGGCAGAAAUCACAGACAGGGAGACCUUUGUAGAUCUGCUGAAGAAGAUGCUGCAGCUGGAUGUCAGCAAAAGGAUAACACCCAGUCAGAUUCUUGAGGAUCUAUUCAUCACCAUGAAUGACCUUGCAGCCAGCUACCCCAACAGCCUCUACAAAAAAUCAUCUUGUGAAAUGAUGCAAGUGUGUCAGGAUCAGCAGCCAUGCCUGAGCCCACAGGCCUCCACCAGCACCAGCACCAGCACCAGCACCAGCACCAGCACCAGCACCAGCACCAUCAGCACUGCCCCCCUGGACCAGUCAAUCUCCCGACAGCCACGUCCUGCUUGGCACAGACACAAAGAACAUCCCCUCAUCCAGAACAUUGCAUCAGCCAUCUCCAGCAGCCUCUCCAUCCACAACGACAUAUCAGAACCUCAGCAAAUUAGCUUUUCUGUUAACCACAAAAGGAGCGAACCAGAACACCGGUUGCCUGUCAGCUCUAAGGUUCGGUCCUGUCCAGGCAGAGAUGGUCUUACCAGGAAAAGAUCGAGGGACACUUUUGAAUCUUCAAUGAGUAGUGAAAGAAGCACAAAAAGGACCCUGCCGGCGCAGAAGAGGAGGAAGGUGAACAUGGAUUUCUUCGAGACACUCAAAAGUAGGCUCGACUAUGGCAGCAUUGGUCAGUCAAUCAAUCCAGAGAGCAAAAGACCAUGGGUCACACUGGUAACUGCACAAAGCUGCAACAGAAGCUCAGGCUCACCAGAGAGGGAACGGAGAAUGAAGGAUGGUGAUCAGACACCCAAAGAAUUACCUCAAAACACUAACAAGACUCCAGCAGAAGCAACAUCCAGCGCAGCCGAAGCAAAGCAUCAGAGGAAGAGGACAUGGGCCACUUUUGUAGCCUCACAUAGUGGGACAAGAACACCAGGCACUGGCUCACCAAAGAGGAAGAGGAUGAGGAUGGACCCAGAGGAGGUGGAGAAAAAAACAAAGGUGUCCAACAACUCUCACCAGGCUUCAUCUAGCAUGUCCAAAGAGUCACAGCGUGACGAAAAAAACCCAGACUGCUCAUCUCCAGACAUGCCGAGG